AUGUUACCGGAGGAAAGAUCCGAGAUUGCCUUCUUCGACGUUGAGACGACGGUGCCAAAGCGAGGCGAACGUUUCGCGAUUCUGGAGUUCGGGUCAAUACUUGUAUGCCCGAAGAAGCUUACGGAGCUCCGAAGCUACACGACUCUGGUCCAACCCGCUGAUUUGAGUCUCAUCUCUUCCUUGUCCGUGCGGUGCAACGGCAUCAAGCGCGACGACGUCGUUUUGGCACCUCUGUUCUCCGAAAUCGCUGAUACUGUCUACGACAUUCUUCAUGGGAGGAUUUGGGCUGGUCACAACAUACUGAGGUUUGACUGUGCACGAAUAAGAGAAGCAUUUGCAGAGAUUGGACGUCAACCACCAGAGCCAAAAGGAGCUAUUGACUCAUUGGCUUUGCUAACUCAGAAAUUUGGUAGAAGAGCUGGAAAUAUGAAGAUGGCAACUUUGGCUACUUAUUUCGGACUCGGAAAGCAGACGCAUAGGAGCCUUGACGAUGUUAGAAUGAAUCUUGAGGUUGUCAAAUAUUGUGCCACUGUCUUGUUCUUGGAGUCGAGUCUCCCAGAUGGACUUGUAGAUAAUUUGGUAUCUCCAGAAACUACUAGUUCAAGGAGACAUCUCAGAGCAUCUUCUUCUCGCGGGAGUAAUACUGAUAUAAGCUCUCUUAGGCUACCCUCCAUUGGUGAGAACAGUGUAGCUCAGCCAGAUCCGUUUAACAUGAGCCUCUUGAGGAAUGAAGUGGAUUCCGGCAACAACCUUCAAUCAGACACUCUCAUGGAAGAAGAAGAAAAUCAACCAUCUGAUACUGUUGUCUCUGAGGGAUUCUUGGCGCCUGAUGCGAUAUCUCUUACAAACAUCAAAGCGGUUCUUGUCCCGUUUUAUCAUGGAAGUCAAAUAAUGAAACUGAAGCUACUCCAUGGCAAUUCCCCUCUGCAGCAUCUCUACUGUUCUUGUCUGAAAAUACGGUUUGGAAUCAAUGGGAAGUAUCUGGACAACGCUGGGAGACGGAGGUUAAACUUUGUGGUUGAUCUGUAUCCAAGCCUGUGCAGUAUACUCGAGGCAUGUGACAGUAAAGCUCAGAAACUGUCUGUUGAUUCAGGUUCCGGUUCUGACUGGAACCCGGUCGUGAGUCCAAUGAAGGGAUUUGUAAACUACCCUAACGCAAGAAUACAUAUACCGACCGAGAUAAAUGGAGAUGCAGCUCGGUAUGCAACAGAGGUGCAUCAGAGAGAGUCCUCUGGAGCUACUCAGAAGCUAACUAUCAGCAAUCCGAGCGGUGAGGAGCUUGAAUCGUUGCUGAAACCGGGAAGUGUUGUAGAUGCGUUCUUGUCUCUGGAACCGUAUGAUUAUCAGCAGAAAGCUGGAAUCCGUCUCGUUGCCAAGAAACUAGUUAUACACUCCGUAACUCAUACAUAA